GCUACUGGUAAGUGACUAACACUUUUACACACUGAACUGGUCCUGAGAACUGAGAUGUCUUCUUUAUAAGUGAAGAAUAUACAACAUAAUCUUGAAGAACCGCGCAGUGGUGUGAGCCAGAGGCAUACUGUGUGUGGGUGUGUAAUGGACUGAGAAACAGACAAAUUAAUCUUGUUGAAAGGAUUUUUCAUCUUUUGUUUCUAUUUGCCAGUGCUAGUCAGUGUUUUGCUGGCUUAGAUUGUUACCUUUUUCUGGUUCCUUUUUCUGUUUCAUUCUAAUGGGUCCCAGAAAUCCCUCUCCUGACCCGUUAUCAGAAUCAGAAAGUGAGGAAGAAGAAAAUGCUAACUACCUAAAUGAGAGUUCUGGGGAAGAGUGGGAUUCCUCUGAAGAAGAGGACCCUGUGGUGCCCAACCUAACGCCUCUUGAGAGUCUUGCCUGGCAGGUUAAGUGCCUUUUAAAAUAUUCUACAACUUGGAAACCGUUAAAUCCUAAUUCCUGGUUAUAUCAUGCUAAACUCUUGGAUCCAAGCACACCGGUCCAUAUACUUCGAGAGAUAGGGCUAAGACUCUCGCAUUGUUCCCAUUGUGUACCCAAACUGGAACCAAUUCCUGAAUGGCCUCCUCUGGCUUCUUGUGGAGUCCCACCUUUUCAAAAGCCCCUUACAAGUCCCAGCCGGCUUUCUAGAGAUCACGCCACUCUAAAUGGAGCACUGCAAUUUGCUACCAAACAGUUAAGCCGAACAUUGAGUAGAGCCACUCCCAUACCUGAAUACCUAAAACAGAUCCCUAAUUCAUGUGUUUCUGGUUGUUGCUGUGGCUGGUUAACUAAAACAGUUAAGGAAACAACCCGCACUGAACCCAUCAACACUACUUACUCCUACACUGACUUCCAAAAGGCAGUUAACAAACUCCUAACUGCAUCACUAUAAAGAUCCACCAUUUGUUCUGCUACCUCCUGCUGUUAUUUGAGACAGGAGUACAAAGUUACACAGCCCACAGUUGAGAAACUAAUGCUUUCUCAACCAAACCAUGCCCUGUCCUGGCAGGCUGAAGUACUACCAAGUAUUGAAUAUAUACCCAAGAGUCCCAUAACUCACCUGCAGAAAAUGUGCAUUGUGAGCAUUCCCUUUAACAGACCAUGUCGAUAAAAUGAGAACUUCAAUGGCGAAUUAGUCAAAGGGACCAUAUUAUAAAAGAUAAGUUGACUGUUCUCCACACUCAGUUCUCCCCCCAAUUUAUUCUGCCUGUCUGAAUUAGGGAUUCCUAUUUUUUUGGGAGGGAGUGCAGUCUCAAACCUAGCCUACUCCUCUCUAGACCUAUCACGGUACCUGCAGUUACUGCAUAAACUUUUUAUAUCGUAGGCUCCCACCAGGCUGUCUCUAGCUAAAUUGGCCUACAAGGUCAUACCUGGGGAUUAAACAGACACUUGUUUUGUAGGGAAUAUGUUUCCUCCAUCUUGGCACCCAGACAUUAGUCAAGAGCAAAUAAAACACAUUCUAAAAGACCAAUGGGAAAGGAUUAAAAGAGCAUUUAUGCUUUCAGUAUUAACUGCUAGUGGAUUAAAGUAUUUCAUCUGUAUAGUGUUCUCUGGAGCUGUACUUUAGGCACUUUCCACAUCCAUUGCAAACUUUUCAAGAACCCUUCUAACUUUAAAGAACCUUACUACAAAAAGUUUUAGCCUAAUACAGUCUGAAGUUAAAGAAUUUUUUAGCAUUCUUGUUUCUACAUAGAUUAGAUUUCUGUCUAGCUAAACAAAGAGAAUGUACCCUUGUAAAUGAGUCUUGCUAUGUUUAUUUACAUGAGUCAAAACAUAGAAAUCAACAUACAUAAAAUGCAUGAGACCAUUAAAUCUUUUCGCACACCUACAAUAAAGAGUGAAACCUGUGUGUGAUCCUGGUUGACUGGCAUCUAAAGGGACUCAGAAAGUAGAUUGUUAAAGAUAUAACAUAUAUCCUCUUCCUUGUUUUAGUUUUGCUUUUUCCUGUUCUCCAUAAUUAAGUGCUGUAUACAAUGUGGCAUCAAAAAAUCGAAGCAUUAAUGGAUUCACAGAUUUUAUAUAUGUAUAGCAACUUUGAGGAGAGAAGAAUUUAUGACCUAAUGAGUUAUUUCUGCUGAGCCUUAGUUGUCUUGUCUUAAGAAAAAAGGAGGCAAUUGUAGUAGGUAGAAAAAAAUAAUUAGUAGUGGAAAAUUGCUGAACUGAAACUAUAUCAUACUGUUAGUGUAACUGAAUGUGUCAGAAACUGAUCCUAUGUAGAUGAUCUGUGAAACUGGUUUUUAAAAUGCUACAAGAACCUGUUUCUUUCUUUAAGGGGGAGGUGGGGCGAUGUAGGGAGGUCUAAAAAUUAAAAUAUGUUGAUGUUUAUGUAACCAUACUAUGUUCGUUUUUCUGUGAUGUGUGUGUAUAUAAAAGUGCCUUGCUCAUGAAUGCAUUUUUGCUAUUCCCUCCAAAAGGAACCUUUUCCCCAGCUUCGCAGCUGAAUAAACCAACAGUUUUGUAUAUGCUGAA